AUGGAUCAGAAGGAGACGGAGGAGCAGCGCCAGAUGCGGCGCGUAGCGUUCUUCGCCGUUGUCAUCUCCACCGCCGCUGUUAUCGCCAGUGUCGUCACUUUACCGAUGCUGUAUAGCUAUGUGCAGUCCUUCCAGAGUCACUUGAUUGUCGAAACGGAGUACUGUAAGACACGAGCUCGCGACAUGUGGGUAGAGAUGCAGGUCCUACACAAAUCAGGAGUGCCACGAUCUAAGAGAGAUACCAAAGGCACAUGGCUCUUCGGACAAUUCGUCCCCGAUGGCGGUGCCGGCGGCGGCGGUCAAUACGUAGGCAGCGCCGGCAAUAACGCAGCCUAUGCCACAGGCCCCAGUGGGGGAGGUGGGGGAGGUGGUGGAGGUGGUGGCAGCUACGGAACUGGUGCUGGUGCUGCAUCCGUCGAUAUUGGACCAACAUGUUGUCCCUGCCAACAAGGACCUGCUGGCCCGCCUGGACCACCUGGAGAUGAGGGACCAGCCGGAAACGACGGUCAUCACGGAGCUCCAGGUGCUCCUGGAAAAGAAGGCUCGGUUCUUUCAUCAGCUCUCCCACCAUCUGAGCCAUGCAAAAUUUGCCCACAAGGACCGCAAGGAGCAGUUGGCAUGCAAGGACCAAAGGGGCCACCUGGACCUAAGGGCAAAUCUGCUGAACGCGCUGCUGACGGCAAACCUGGAGAGCCAGGCUUGAUCGGGCCUCCUGGACCACCCGGAGUUGUUGGAGAGCCCGGACCACCUGGAACACAAGGACAGCCCGGUCGUGUCAUUCAAGUCAACGGAGCCGCUGGUCCAGCAGGCCCACAAGGCGUUAAGGGACCACCUGGACCAAGAGGCGUGCCAGGAAUUGAUGGAACAAAUGACGCUGGAGAGCAAGGACCAAUCGGUGACCUUGGUGCACCAGGACCCGCUGGUGGUGCUGGUCCUCAGGGACCACCAGGACCUCCCGGACCACCCGGUGAGGAAGGUUCAUGUGACCACUGCCCAGAACCACGUACACCGCCGGGCUACUAA